UCCUCAUAGCGUGGGAAAGACGCAAGCUGCCGGCAUCCGAUCCGGGGAUUUAUGCUGCUAAUCUGAUUAGUGUAUGAUGGACGUGUCCAGUUGGAAGGAGAUGGAGGUGGCACUAGUCAGUUUUGACAACGCUGAUCAGAUUGUGGAGGAUCCCUGUUAUUCAAACGACCUCAGCCCCGCCAGCCAGUCGCGGAAAGGCCACCCCAGCUGCGCCAACCUCCUCUCCAACCUGCGCAUCCUCAUCAACAGUGAAAACGCCAACAAUGAGACCAUCUUCUCCAGGUUCUCCGCCGAGUUCAGUGAGCAUCUGGUGGGGGAGAGGGUGGGCAUGGAUGAGGGGGACCAACGAGUCAUCAUUAACAUCGCUGGGCUGAGGUUUGAGACGCGGCUCAAGACCCUCAACCAGUUCCCUGAGACCUUGCUCGGGGACCCGGAAAAGAGGAUGCGUUACUUCGACUCCAUGAGGAAUGAGUAUUUCUUUGAUAGGAACAGGCCCAGUUUUGAUGGGAUCCUGUACUAUUACCAGUCUGGUGGGAAAAUUCGGCGCCCGGCCAAUGUCCCUAUUGAUGUCUUUGCUGAUGAAAUCACCUUCUACGAGCUGGGUGAUGAAGCCAUGGACCAGUUCAGGGAGGAUGAAGGGUUCAUCAAAGACCCUGAGACCCUCUUACCAACUAAUGACUUUCAUAGGCAAUUCUGGCUGCUCUUUGAGUACCCUGAAAGCUCCAGCGCAGCCAGGGGUGUAGCCUUGGUCUCCGUCCUGGUCAUUGUAAUCUCCAUCAUCAUCUUCUGCAUGGAGACCUUGCCGGAGUUCAGGGAGGAAAGGGAGUUUAAGUCCACCCAGGAGCUUUCCAAGAACCUGACGGACACCUUGCUGGCCCACAGCACCUUCACAGACCCUUUCUUCGUCAUAGAGACUGCCUGCAUCGUCUGGUUCUCCUUCGAGCUCUUUGUCCGGUUCAUCGUGUGCCCCAGCAAGACCGAAUUCUUUAGGAACAUCAUGAACAUCAUUGACAUCGUGUCCAUCAUUCCCUACUUUGUGACGCUCACCACCGAGCUCAUCCAGCAGAGCGAACUCAACGGGCAGCAGAACAUGUCCUUGGCCAUCCUGCGGAUCAUCCGCCUGGUCAGGGUCUUCCGUAUCUUCAAGCUGUCCCGGCACUCCAAGGGGCUGCAGAUCCUGGGGCAGACCCUCAAGGCCAGCAUGCGGGAGCUGGGCUUGCUCAUCUUCUUCCUCUUCAUCGGCGUCAUCCUCUUCUCCAGCGCCGUCUACUUCGCAGAAGUGGAUGAACCACAGUCCCACUUCUCCAGCAUCCCUGAUGGCUUCUGGUGGGCCGUGGUCACGAUGACGACUGUUGGCUAUGGAGACAUGUGUCCCACCACCUUGGGUGGGAAGAUCGUGGGGACUCUGUGCGCCAUUGCAGGGGUAUUGACCAUUGCACUGCCCGUCCCUGUCAUAGUCUCCAAUUUCAACUAUUUCUACCACAGGGAGACAGAGAAUGAAGAGAAACAAAUCCUGCCCGGGGAGGUGGAGCGAAUCCUCACCAGCGUGGUGACAGGCAACGGCAGCAUGGAGUCCCUCAAUAAGACCAAUGGGGGUUACCCUCGAGACAAGGCCAAAAAAUGAUGCUUGAGGCCAUGAUGGGACUGGGCUCUGUGUGGUGGGAUUGGCUGGAUAAGGAAUAACCCAUCUGCAUGCUGUGAUGUCUUUCUUUUUUAAAACCAAACAUGCUGCUGCUUAUUUUCUUCUAUUUUUUUUUCUCUAGGCAUCUUUCAAUCUCUGAUUUCCUGUGGCUGUUAAAUAAACACCAUCUUUCUUAUCUCUC